CCCUUUUCGCAUUACCCAAGCGGCACGGAGAGAGCCCAUUUCAGUUUGACGGUGUAAUGAUUCGUCGCAGAAACAGUCACCAUAAUUUAUUUUUAAUUAGCUUCAGCGUCUUGCUUUUAUCUGUACCGCUUACAAAAGUGCUGUCCCUGCCCCGCUGUCUUAGCUGUGACAGGCCAGAUGGCUGCGGCUGGUAGGCUCUCAGGCCGGCUGGUACUGCUGCACUUGCUGAGACAGACUAGGAAGACGUAUAAUGAUGAGCAGCGGGGAUUCAGUAGGACUGCCGCUUGUCUAGGGUCACGUAGGGAUAAAAGGACCUAUAAGGUAGUCUUCUCCCAGCAGGAGCUGAAGAAACGGCUGACACCCCUGCAGUACCAUGUUACUCAGGAGAAAGGGACCGAGAGUGCCUUUAAAGGGGAGUUCACCGACAAGAAAGACGCGGGAUCAUACACAUGCGUUGUUUGUGGGGCCCCAUUAUUCCAAUCUGAAACUAAAUUCGACUCUGGAUCUGGAUGGCCUUCAUUCUCUGACGUGAUCAAACCUGAGUCAGUCUCUCAGACCGAUGACUUCUCCUACGGGAUGCACAGAGUGGAAAUAGGCUGCAGCCAGUGUGGUGCACAUCUGGGCCACCUCUUUGACGAUGGCCCUCGCCCGACUGGUAAGAGGUAUUGUAUCAACUCCGCUGCCCUAGCCUUCGUACCCAAAGCAGAGUUCUCACCCAGGGAAGCUGCCAGCAGUGCCCCUGCCAGCGCCAGUGACCCCACUGCCUCUGGAAAGACUGAACUGUGAGCUUCAGCGGGAGAAACAGAGCAAGCCAGGGCGUUGAACCCUCUUUUUAAAAGCGUGCCGGUGCAUUCUGUUUCAAAACCAACACCCAUAUACUUCCAUAUACUUGGGUUGCUUGCGUAACCAGGUCUGUUAUUUACAAUAUACACAUUAAUUUUUUUGUAGCAGUUUAACUUUGUAAUAGGUCAUUUUGAUAAAACGUUUGAACAAAAAGCAAAUGGAAUGUAUACUAGUGUAAAGCCCUUUUGUAUUGUCUUUUUGUUUUUGGUUUCAUAAAGCACCAUUGGUUUUAGCACUGAUUGACAAACCGUAACACUGCUGAAUAGCUGUAUUACACAGUACUUUGCAAAUCAGUUUUAAAGAACGUUUUCAAAACUAACGAAAAGGGGGCUUUCCAUAUUCUGUUUACCAGAAGCAGUUACCAAAUUGCAUGUGAAGCGUUAAGAAAUACUCAUCUUUGCUACAGUGCUGUAUUAUUUGAAGUGACAUUUAAUACGACUGGAAGAGAGCCCCUAUGCAAGUGCAUUUUGUGCAGUAAAACGAGCAUCAAGCUGAGAGCAGAGCAGUCUUUCUAAUAAAAUGGUUGAGAUGACAAAUGUUUAGUCUGAGCACUAACUCAGCCCCGGCCUUUAACAUAGCUGGGUUUUCCACCUAUUUGUUUUGACUUUUACCCUUAACUUGCCUUGCACUUUCUUGCAUUGGGAGUAAUCAUGUACAGUAUUUAAAUAAAACUUUAAGACUGUUAAUA